GCGGGGCGGGGGGUGGGUGUUGACCUGUCGAAGGGUUUUGGUUGGUGGUUUUUUUUUUUUUUUUUUUCCGCGGGGGCUCCCAAAUUCUGCUUUUGAGGCAGCGCCUGGCUGGGGGCUCAGCGCGCCCGUCCCCACCCUUCAGGGGAACCUAAGAACUGCUGACGGGGGCGCCCAGCGCGCGGUGGACUAGGCUCACGCGGGUCGCCGCCGCCCCUCGCGGCUGGGCGGCCCGGCUCAUCCGCAGGGUCCUGGCGGCCCCACUCUCCGCGUCCCUGAGCCUCUUCUUCGUCCCUUUCGCGCGCCCAGGGCGGCGCGAGGGCCUCCGUUCCCAGAAAGGGACGCCCCCUCGGGUUCAUGAGACAAAUUCAGGCCACCCGGGCGUAGUAGCUCCGUUUUCCCCGAAAAACGCCGUGUCUCAAGUACUUGGCGACGGUGACCGACCGCCUCCGGCUCGGACAGCAGUCGUGGUUGUUUUUAAAGACACCCCUGUUUCACGGACACCGAACUCUGAGGAACCGUAAGGUUUCUCUGUCAGUUCUGGAGAAUGACUUUUUUCCCUGACUAAAGCGGCUUACUGACUGUUCUGGUUGGAAUUAAGCCUUUCUGUGCGUGAGAGCCCUGGCCGCUGCAUGUCAGCCCCCUGACGGCGGGGUCUGUGUCUUGCUCUUUGUGACCUCUCUCCUGUAGUGGGACAGGGCUUUGUGUAGGGUCAGCAUCUAGUAAAUGUCUGCGGAAUUGAAAUGUUAAGUGAAAGAACUAUUCUGGAACCGCUAACUCAGCAUCUUAAAAAAAAAAAAAAAAACUGUCCUAGAACCGCCAACCGGAAUUUUUUUUUUUCUUUCCUGCGAAUUAUCUGCUUCAGUAUCUGCGAAGAUGCUGCUUCAGGCUUGAACCCAGACUGAGGGACCACUUCUGAGAGGACCCUGCCUGUGUCUGUGGUAUCCGCUUGAAUUCCUCAGGUUGUUGAGGAAUGGAGAAUCUCCAGCAGUGUUAAAUGUUCAAUAUAUGACCGUCCACGUAGGAGAUGGCUGCUUUGCAAAGGAGAGGACUGCAGACAAGGAUUCUCAGCUCUGAAGAAGAGGAGAAACUGAAGCGAGACCAAGCUUUAGUGUCUGAUUUUAAACAGCAGAAACUGGAAAAAGAGGCUCAGAAGAACUGGGACCUUUUUUACAAAAGAAAUAGCACUAAUUUUUUCAAAGAUAGACACUGGACUACCAGAGAGUUUGAGGAGCUCAGAUCAUGUAGAGAGUUUGAAGAUCAAAAAUUGACUAUGCUUGAAGCUGGCUGUGGGGUUGGGAACUGUUUAUUCCCACUUUUAGAAGAAGAUCCAGAUAUCUUUGCCUAUGCCUGUGAUUUUUCUCCAAGAGCUGUUGAAUAUGUCAAGCAAAAUCCUCUUUAUGACACAGAAAGAUGCAAGGUGUUCCAGUGUGAUCUGACUAAAGAUGACCUUCUGGAGCACGUGCCCCCAGAGUCUGUGGAUGUUGUCACCUUGAUAUUUGUGCUCUCUGCAGUUCACCCUGAUAAGAUGCACCUUGUCUUACAAAACAUUUACAAGGUGGGCUGUGUAGUCAGUGUAUGAAAAGAAGUUCUCCUGCGUAAAACAUCCACCUUAAGUUCUGAUUGGCUUAGUGGCCAUAGCUGCGCUUCAGAGCUUGGCCGGCCUUGGAGCAGCUGCCUGGAAUCUGUGGAGCCCUGCGGUAAAGCCAGAGGGAGCAGGGGCCAACGCACAGAGCACACAGGCUGGAGUCAGCGUGCCUCGAGUUAAGCCUUACUUCCCUCCGCAGGCCGCUGCCUUUAUCUCUCUGAGCCUCCGUUUCAUUAUCUGUGGAAUGUUGAGAUAAUGGUUCCUAGAUCUUGGGAUUUGGGGCAGAUUAUAUGAGAUGUUUUUGCAGUGCCUAGUAAUGGUGAGUGCUCUUAAAAGUCAGCCAUGGUCAUUGUUGCCUCUCCCAUCUUUGCUGUUAGAACCCAAGCUACUGUGACUACCAGCAGGCUGCUGCAGCACUCAGGGAGUGAAGUAGCACUUCCAAAUAAUGGGACUCGAGACAGGCCACCUUAUCGUCCUUCCCUUUGACGGUUCAGGUGAACGUGAAGGAUUGAGAAAGAUGGGGAUUAGACAGAUGGAAAAAUGGUGAGGGUGGUCAGAGGGUGACUUGUGUGACAUUGAGAGUAUGAAGGGGUUAUCACACUUCAUGGUGUGGGCAAGACUUUAGAACAUUACUGUGGGAGUGAGUGAUUAAGGUAAGGUGAAGGAUGAAAUCUUUGAAAGAGAGAAGCUCAAAUCAUUGAAUCCAGCAUAUUUGGAAGGGUAAUUCAUGUGUAUGUUCAUAUUAAUUGGAGUUAAAAAUGGAGUAGUGUACGGAUAAGAGCAUAAACCAGAAGAAACAUUCAUCGUGAAAUCGAGGGAAACGACCCUGGAACUAAUAGAUGCCCUCGUGGCUCAGUGGUAAAGAAUCCAUCUGCCAAUGCAGGAGAUGUGAGUUCGAUCCCUGGUUUGGGAACAUCUCCUGGAGCAGGAAAUGGCAACCCACUCCAGUACUCUCACCUGGGAAAUCCCAUGGGCAAAGGAGCCUGGCAAACUACAGUCCAUAGUGUCGCAAAGAGUCGGACACGACUUGGUGACUAAACAACAGCAAUGAUAAGGGGUCGUGGGUGGUGGUGUGAGCUGACGACAGAAGGUUCAGAGCUGAAACUUGAGGGGAGAAACAGGGAUGCACAGAAAGAAGCAGUGGGGGGCAAGGAGGACCCUGUCCCAUCCCUGCACUAGGUGAUACUUGGGCCAUGGGCAAAAACACUGACUGCUUGAGAGGUGGCAGGGAAAACUGUCCUCAGGGGACAGUCAGGUUGUUAGCACAGGAAUGUGAAGGGAGCAUUCAGGAUACCAGUGAUUUCACUGAUGAAGGGUCCAGGGACUAGGAAGGAGCGGGAGACAGGAGUAAGGAAUGUCUGGGACUUCGUGGGGAGGACAGUGCCCACUGUCAGUACUGUUCAUCAUUGUGCUAGAGGUCCCAGUCAACAGGAAAGCACCAGAAAGAAGAAUGAGAAAGAAAUACAUUGUUUUCAGGUAGUAUAAUUGUCUAUUGAGAAAAUAUUAAAGAAUAUUAAUAUUAAAUAAUUACACAGGUAAUAAGAUGAAUGCCUUUAUUUAAAAAUAAAGAAUUGUAUGCUUUAUUUAAAAAAGUAACAUGCACUGUGUAAUCAUGUUCCACUUCAUGAUAUAUUUUACCCUGUUGUUUAAGUUUGAGGUUUUUGGUAGACUUUUUCUUUUUUUCUGAGGAAAUUGACAAGUUGAUUCUAAAUUUACAUCAAGGAAUAGAGUCAAAACAUUCCUGAAGAAGGAGAUGGGAAGAUUUAUACCUUACCAGAUAUAAAGGCUCAUUACAGCUAUAGUUAUUAAGACAGAUGGUAUUUGCAGAGGGACAGAAAAAUUGACAAAUGAAAUAUGAUAGCUUAGAAGAAGAUCCGUGUAUGUAUGGAAAUUUGAUAGUUGAUAGAGGUGACAUUGAAAGAUGACUGGGAAAAGGACUGCUCAGGAAGUGAUUCUGGGACCAUUGGUGGUCCAUGUGGGAAAAAUCCAGAAUUGUUUUCCCGCUUCACAUCCUUAUGCAAAAGUCAUUUUGUAUGGAUUUAAAGGUGGAUUUAAAGACUUACCUGGAAAAGACAAAAAAUUUAAGCCUUUCAGAAGAAACUAUAAGAAAGAAAUCUUUGACUUCAGAGUGGGGAAAAUUUUCUCAAAGACUGAAAAAUAUUCUGUGCAUAAAGAUGAUAUAAUAAAAUUAGGAGUUUGUUUUCUUCAAACGAUAAGAUGAUACAAAGAAAUUAGAGAGACCAGGUGGGAAAAGUAACUUAAAAUCUACUCAACUGAGAGCCUUCUCUGGUAGUCCAGUGAUUAAGACUCCUUCCUUCCACUGCAGAGGUGCAUGGGUUUGAUCCCUGGUCCUCUGUUUGGGGAACUAAGAUCCCACAUGCCACUCGCUGUGGCAAAAAAAAAAAACCCGAAAAACUAUUCAACUGACAAAGAUUAGUAUUUCAGAAUGUAUAAAGAGUUCUUGGGUAACAGUAAGAAUGACAAUGGAAAAACAGUCUUUUUAUAGAUGAGAAUAUACAGAUAGUAAGUUGACAUAUGAACAGAUAACCUCAGUAACCCAGGAAAUGGAAAAUAAAGCCUUAAUGAGACACCAUUAGAUUAUAAUAAAGUCCAACAGAGCUGAGUAUUAAUGAGGAAAUCCCUCUUCUUGAUUUAAAUGAAAACAUAUAGCAUGUUGUGUGUAUUUUAGUAAUAAUGAAAUGUUAUGUUAAAAAAAACAAAAACGCUGACUUGAGCUGUCUCAGUCCACACAUGGCCUCUGUUGUAACCUUUCUUAGGCUAAUAAGUUCCAUUUCAGCCUCCUCCUGUUUUAGCCCUCAAUAGAAUUCCUUUUUCAGCUGACCUGGAAUGAGUUCACAACAGCAGUGUGAGGCCCCCAUACACGGUGACUGGUUCAUUAAUUGGAUAUCAUGUGCUUCAUCAGAAAGUUAGCGGAAAAAGCAGCCUCUCAGCUUCUGACAGUCAGACACCCUUUGGGCAGCUCUCCAGUCCUGUAUGAGCAACCACAGUAACGUGCUUUUCCAUGGUAGAGCUAAUUACACUAGGAUGGUAACACCAGAGGAAUUUUAAAACCACUUAAUUUUAAACUGAAAGGGAACCUUAAAGUUGGGUUCCCUCAUUUUUGGAAUGAAAUGGUGGAGUAAAAAUCAACCAAAUCUGUCGUCAGAAGACAGGAUUUUGGUUUUCCCUGUGCCACUGACUUGCCCUGAAAGCCUGAGCAAAUCACUUGUACUCUGAACCUCACUUACCAAGAGUGGGUCUGACUGAUCUCACCUGCCAUCUUCAUGGAGCUGUUGGGAGGAUGAGAAACCCAGCGAAGGCACAAUCCUGCCUCAGAGGAGGUGUUAGUACCGUAAUUUCUG